AUGUCUGAAAUACGUACCAAGGUCUGUAUCAUCGGCGGGGGGAUUGCGGGGCUCAAGGCUGCCUCCGAUCUCACCUCCUAUGGAAUUGAGGUAGUUCUCCUUGAAGCGCGGGACCGCUUGGGUGGCCGCAUCUUCACCGACCGGUCGGGCCUCGCUCCAUACGAUAUGGGUGCUUCCUGGUUCCACGACACGCUCGAAAAUCCUUUGUUCAACCUGUCCCGGAGGAAGAGCCACUACUUGCACUACAACGAUGACGAACCGAUGAUUUUAACCUCCUCAGGGCCCGUCUCCAGAAACGAUAAACUUCCCCAGGUGCUUAAGGAAAUGCUCCGUUUCAACGAGAGCAGGUUCUUUGAGUCGCUUGAUGCCCCCGACCGUUCGUUGCAGAAUAUGGCGUAUGAAUAUAUCCACCAGCAAAGGGACUUGCUCACCGAUACCCAGGUACGCUUGGUGCCGGAGUUGGUGCGAGACCUCGAACUCUGGCACGGCAUUGCCUGGCAGUCGAUGUCCGCAAAGUACGCCAUCAUUGACCACCAGGGGCGGGACAGCUACAUGGGUAGUGGCUACGAUACGAUUAUCGCUGACUUGGAGGAUACCAUCCCCAAGAGAUCCGUAAAAUUACAGGAGAUUGUGACUGGCAUCGAGCGGUCGCACGCUGGUGUCAGGGUGCAUACCUCCUCUGGAGUGGUGCAGGCAGAUUACGUGGUGGUCACCGUCCCCCAGAGUGUGCUUUCAUUGGCCGAAACCGAAACUGGCGGGAUUAAGUGGUUUCCUUCGCUUCCUAAAGCCAUCACCGAUGCCCUUUCGCAGAUGAGCUUUGGGUCUUUGGGAAAGGUGGUGUUGGAGUUUUCUGAGGCUUUCUGGCCGAGCGAAGACAAGUUUCUCUGCCUUGCUGAUCCAGACAAAGCUACAGUGCAGAAGUUGAUUCCCGUGCCGUGGGAAUGGCCGGUGAAUUUCUUCAACAUGACUCUCAUCUACGGGGUUCCUACGUUGGUUGCAUUGCUUCAAUCGCCUGUGACAAACUAUGUUGAGCAGCAUCCUACAAAGGCGUGGGCGUUACUCCAACCGAUGGUGGAGCAAAUUGCCCAGGCGUCAGGGUCUACGGCUACACCACCCACAAAGGUGCUCGUGAGCGACUGGAGCGUGAAUCCCUUUUCCCGUGGCUCAUACUCUGCUGCAGAACCCGGAAAUGAUCCCACCGAUAUUAUUGUCCAGCUCAGUGAAGGUUUAAACAGGGUGAGGUUUGCGGGAGAGCACACCAUUGGGGAAGGGGCUGGCUGCGUUCACGGGGCGUGGGUUAGUGGACAAAGAGAGGCGCGGCAUAUUUUGGUCAGAGAGGGAUUAGUGGAGGUAUCAGAUGACGAUUAA